GGAGAUAUUAAAAAAACGGUUUUUUAUUGUUAUUUUGUUGUUUGGGAGUAAAAUUUAAGUUUCUAGCCGCACAAAAUGGAACAGUUGCUGAAACGAACCCGGAAGCAAAAAGAGUGUAUGGAGAAUCUCAAAAGAACAAACAAAACGCCUCUCGAAAGCGAAGACCUCAUGAAGAAUUUCUCCCUGUUGAGCGGUCUUUUGGAACAGGUCAACAUGCGGAAGCUCAAAUCUCGUCGUCAACAAAACACCUUACCUACAGCGACGGAGAAAGAUGUAUUAAAUAUGAACAAGCUGCUGGAACUUAUAUACGGUAGUCUUAAAGAUUACACAAAACUGGAAACGUUAACGGAUCACGCAGGAAGGGGAGCAAAACCGUUUGAAAAGCAAAUGAUAGAAAUCCAACAAUUAAUCGAUCUCAUGUCUAUCGAGAUUACUAAACUUAAAACUGUUAGCGAUGCCAUUGAAGGCAUUCACACUAACUAUGAAACAGAAAUUGGUCGUACUGCGAACGAGCCCGAGAAUGAAACAGAUCUCUAAAACGCCAGCAAGUGACGUGCCG